AUGGACAGGUCACAGGAGAAAACAAACUUCCACUUCCUCUCUGCUGUUCUGUUUACGCCUGAUCACCGUGAACAGACAGCCCAAGCUGCUAUGACUGUGGCGGGUCUCCUUGAGCUUCAGGACAAUCAGCCUUGCUCUGACAACACUUCGACCUCGAGCUUGAUCGCUGUGGCGGGCUUCACUGAGACUUCAGGACAAUCGGCCCAGUUGGUUUCCGAGAAUUACUUGCUUGUAUCACUUGCUACACUGGUAGUAUCUGACCGCACGAUCUGA